AUGGCUAUAUUGGGACUUCAACCUCUUCCUUCACCUAGUGGGGCUUUAUUUUAUCUAGGUCAUAGCUAUUUACUUGGAUCCAAACCACACGAGACGUUAACAAAAUGGGCUAGAGAACUAAAAACUGACAUUUACUCAUUAAAGAUAGGCGUAUUAAAUUUCGUUAUUUUAAAUAGUGAUAAGGUUAUUGGAGAAUUAAUUCAAAAACGAGCAAUUUAUUCAUCUAGACUUGAUUCUCAUGUUUACUUUCGUACUAUUACAAGAGGAGCUGCUAUUGGGCUUUCUCCGUAUAAUGAUUAUUAUAAGAAAGCUAAAGCGAUAAGCGUUGGAAUCCUUUCGCUGCAAAAAACCGAAUCUUACAGUCCAUUAAUCGAUGAAAUUACAAAAGAAAUGCUUUUAGAUAUGAUUCACACCUCCACUUCUUUAUCACAUCCUGAACCAUUAUAUCCUCGUUCAUACCUUCAUCACAAAUGGGUAGAAGAUUUUACAUUAAUCUUUUCAAGUGAAGAUAGGAGAUCGGAAUAUUUCCCAAUAGUAAAAUAUUUUCCAAACAAUAAAACGAUGCAGAAAGCGAAAGCUAUUAGAGAUGAUAUUGAUACAAUUUUUGGAAAAAAUCAAGCUCCGUGUACUGCGAGAGAAGUUUAUGAACAAGGAGAAUUAGAGGAUUAUCAAAUUGCUCAUCUUUUAGCGAGUCUCGUUUUUGCUGGAAUGGAUACAGUAGCAUCAAGUAUAACAUGGUUAUUAGCGUUCUUGGCCAAUAAUCCCUCGUUCCAAGAACCAGCUCAUAAUGAACUUGACACUCUCAUUCCUAAACAUGAUCGACUCCCAACUUAUUCUGAUUUUAAAAAUCUUCCCUACACUCAUGCGUUAAUUAGGGAAGGUCAAAGAGUUUAUCCACCAACAUGGUUGGGAGUUCAUCAUUAUAAUGAACAAGAUGAUGAAUAUAACGGUUAUCAUAUUCCAGCAAACUCUUUAGUGUUUAUAAAUUCUCACGCAAUUUCAUUCAAUGAACAACGUUAUAAAAAUGCUAAGGAAUUCGAUCCUUAUAGAUUUAUUAAUUAUGAACAAAGUAUGGCUAGUUUGGCUAAUGGACCUGCUGAAAAAAGAGAUCAUUUUGUUUUUGGAGCCGGGAGAAGGCUUUGUACGGGAGUUUAUUUGGCUGAAGCCGAAUUAUUUGUUAUUUUGGCACGUAUUCUUUAUUGCUUUAAAGUUGAAAAUGCUUCACCUAAUGGUGAAGAUGGAAAACCUAUUCCAAUUAAUUUGGACAAGCCUAUAAUUGGAGCAGCCUCUGGAAUUGGUGAAGCUGUGGUAACUCGCCUAGUUAAAGAAGGUGCCAAAGUCACCGUCGCUGAUAUUCAAGAUGAACUCGGUAAAAAGCUUGUCGAAGAACUCAAUUCCGGAAAAACCGAGACAGUUGCCAUUUAUGAACACGUCGAUGUAACAAAUUGGAAUGAAUAUUUGGCUGCAUUCAAAAAAACCGUACAAGUAUACGGUCGUGUCGAUAUAAUUGUGAACAAUGCCGGUAUAUUUGCAGAAGGUGGUUGCUUGUUUGAUGAUUCAGACGAACCCCCAAAUGCGUUAAAAAUGAUCGACAUAAACUUAAAAGGUGUUCUUAAUGGAACAAAACUCGGAAUUCGAUUUUUGAAGCAAAAUGGAAAAGAUGGUGGAGUUAUUGUUAAUACUUCUUCAAUUGCCGGCCUCUUCAAUUCUCCUCUUGUUCCAAUCUAUUCCGCUUCAAAAUUUGGUGUGGUUGGUUUAUCGAUUUCCGUUGCACUAACUGUAACUGUACAUAAUAUUCGCGUAAAUGUGAUCGCACCAUCAGCAGUAGAUACGCCAAUGAUGAAAUCUGUGAUUCAUACAAUUCCCGACGAUCAUAAAGUAGAAAUGCGCAAAGUUGUUGAUGCAUUCAUCAAACUUUUCACCAAUCCAGCUUAUAAUGGUGAAAUUAUCGCUUUAUAUCCAGGAGGUGUGUCUGCCUUUGUUGAAAAAUCAAUUUAUGAAUUACCUACAAAACUUAAUGAAGGCAUGAAACAAGUUAUAAAAAAAUAUGGUGAUGACUUUAGGAAAUCAAAUAAACAAACAGAUGAAGCUUCGUAA